AUGGCCAACGUCGCCGAAAAGGCCCGCUUCCACCUCGAGCGGGCCGUGCCCCAGCUGCGGGAGUUCGAGGAGAAGGAGAUCUUCACCAAGGACGAGAUCCGCACCCUCGUCUCCAAGCGCACCGAGUUCGAGCACCUCGUCCUGGGCCCCGGCUGCAAGCCCCACCACUUCCGGUCCUACGUCGCCUGGGAGCUGUCCCUCGACAAGCUGCGCGCCAGGCGCUGCCUGCGCAAGGGCAUCAAGCACUCGUCCACCUCGCACGCCAGCAGCGCCCGCGUCUUCUCCAUCUACGAGCGCGCCGUCCUGCGCCACCCGGCCAGCCUCGACCUGUGGGCCGACUACCUCGACUACGCCGCCCGCGCAAAGGCCACGAAGCGGUGGCGCAAGGUCAUGACCCGCGCCCUGCGCAUGCACCCCGUCAACCCGGCCCUGUGGGCCCGCGCCGGCAGGCGGGCCGCCCGCGACGGCGACAUGGAGGGCGCCAGGGGGUUCUUCAUGCGCGGCUGCCGCUUCUGCAACGCCACCGCCGACCUGUGGCUCGAGUACGCCCGCGUCGAGAUGGAGUGGCUGGCCCGCAUGGAGGGCAAGAGGAAGAACAAGGGCGGCGCCAGGAAGGGCCUCGAGGAGGCGCGCGCCGAGGAGACGGUCGACGACGGCGACGUGCUGCGCUUCGGCGAGGACGACGACGACGACGACGAGUUCGAGGACAACGAGGUACUGCCCGACGACCCGCUGGCCGACGAGCACGGCAGACAGGCGGCCAAGGAGGCGAGGAGGGCCCUGUCAGACGAGGCCAUCACGAAGCUCGAGAAGAGCCCCGCCCUGCAGGGCGCCAUCCCAAGGGCGGUCUUUGACGCCGCCAGGAAGCAGCCCUUCUACAGCGCGGCCGCCGCCGAGGCCUUCUUCGACGUGUUCGCCGGCUUCACCGCCGUCUCGGCCCAGCCCGCCAUCAUCCAGCACGUGCUGGACGCCAUGGCCGACGACUUCCCGCGCCACCCGGCCACGUGUGCCUGUGUCGUCCGGCAGCCGCUGGUCGCCGUCGACGUCACCACGGCCGAGUUCCCCCGCGCGCUGCGCGAGGUUCUGGCGCGCCUCAGGGCGCAGGAGGGGGUCGUCGAGGACAGGGCGGGGCUGGCGGCCAGGACGGUCGCCUGGAUCAGGCCCAUCCUCAAGAGGAAGGACCUGGACGAGAACGUCCGCACGGUGCUGGAGCACACGAGGCGCAAGCUCGAGAACCCUUGA